UUAUAAUAUGCCUGGUCGGUGGUGAAACUCUAGUUGAAGUCAGUAAGAGCGGAGCACUGCAUGUUGCCGAUCACAGCCUGCGGCACAAUUUGAGGUAUUUCUGGUGUGAUUCAACCUUCCUGUGAGCGGAGGUUUAUUUCAUUUCACAGUUGUUUGAACAACCAUACGUGCUGGAUGAAGUUAAACGAAGGUCUAUAAUACUUUGAGGCUGAUUUAACUUACUUUCUCAUUGAUUGUGAAUUUCCAUUGGAGACUGUGGAAUGCUUUUCUCGAUUUGACAGUUCAGGUAAAAGUUAGUCUGACCGGACGUUUCGCGUACCAGUUCUAGGAAGAGGGAAAGAAAAAGAGUCCGUCCUUGGAUUGACCUAUACAUCCGACGUAUGUUCGCGUUCCCUGCGAGAGAAAAAAAAUGGAUUCUGCUGUCGGACUAGAACAAAGGGGGAUCGAAGACAAAGCGGGCGUUCUGAUUCCCGUUAAUGUUUUUGAAGAUCCUAUCUCUGUAAAUGAAUCAGACAAAGAAGAAACUACAAGCGAUGUUUCUGACGAGGUUGCCGAAAACCGGUCACGGUCACUGAAAGAAGUUGAAAUUGGGACGAGUGUUGCCCUCGGGGCUGAGGACAGUCGGAUACCUAUUGAAACUGAAAUAGAAAGUGAGCCCAACAUAGCACUUGCAUACUAUACGCUUGAGGAAACUGAUGACCAUGAAAAACUUCAAGAAGAUUCUCUGCAAAUUCACGAACGUACUCGAGAACAAAAGAUGCAAUUCAACGGCACUAGAGAUCUUGAUAAUGCAACUGAAAUCGAAACAUCAAAUGAAGACUCUGCCGCAUAUGGCUUUAUUUACGCCCAAACCGAGGCAGAUAAUGAAAAAAUUUUAGGAAUGAACAUCAAACUAGGGGAGACAACUGAUAAUGACCCUGUAGAAGAAAGUAUGCCUACCGCGCUCUUUGCCGUGAGAAGAUUGAGUGAAGAAAAUCGUGAAACGGUUAACCCGGAAGAAUCGGAGGAAGCGAUUCCAAUUCCAGAAUCCGAGAGCUCGACGGAUCUUCGUGUAUUGGAAAGUGAUGCCAAAAAGGAAGCCCUAGAGUAUAACAUUGAGCUAAAGGUGAUGGCCGAUAAGGAAGACCAGAAGAACGGCGUAGAAAUCAGUGGGGAAAACGUUCAACCAAGUGAAACAGAAAAUAUUGUGUCAGUCGCUGUAAUGGACGAUUUUGAUAUUGAGAGAACCAGCUUAUCAGUGACCGAAGCGGAUAUUAACGAAGACAUCGAAAGAAUAGAAGAAAGCGUUUUAGAGAUGAACAUUCAAAUACAAGAAGCUAAGAUUAAUCAGCGGGAUGUUGAAAAAGAAAGGGAAUUCUCCACGCCCGGUGAUCAAGAAAACAGUCCUGAAAUGGUUGAUCGAUUAGAGACGCCCAUUCAACUCGAAAAAUUUUCCUCUGUCCAGCAAGGCGAAAUCUGUAUAACUUCAGAUUUGUUGGACGCAAGCGAAACAGAGUCAGUAAAAAAAGCUGACUUAAUUAGUUUACAAAUUGAUACCAUUAAUGAAGCUCUGGAACCCACCGAUGAAGAAGACGAAACAGGAGCUGAUCUAGAGGAGAAAUUGCCCGUGACUAAUCCUGCAAAUUUCCCGUUGCCGUUUGUUCCGAAUGAGUUUGAAGAAGCUAUAGAAUUUAUCGACUCAGAAACUCAAGUAUUGCAAAAGGAUCUGCUGAUCGAUGAUGAACACCCUACCGAAACUCCGCCAGGUUUCACGAGCAGUGCUGCUUUAGCUUCCAGUUCGAAAAGGCACGUCAGCGACGAAGAUCCCUUUGCACAAGAAGAAGAAGAGGCCAACCCCAUGGUCCCUUGUCAGCUUUCACCGCAUCUGAAAACGAGCACCCGUCAGCUAGGUAAUAGUUCAAUAGACAACCUUUUUGGAUCAAGCUCAGAUGCUGUCAAAUCAACUGGAAGAACACGUAUUAGGAAGCCAGAAUGGAUGAGAAGGUCGUUGGUUAGGAGUGGCUCGGUACGACGAUUGUUCGGUCGUAUGAGAUCAAAGCGCUUUGAUCACGAUCAACUCCCAGUUACCCCAACACCAGAACAGGGGCAUUCCCGACGUCCCUUUCGCCAAAUGAUAGUUGAUUUUUUGUUAUUGCUAUUUGAAUCGUAAAAUGUUGAAGGUGUUUCAUUAUUUUCGUAUCAUUUUUUAAAAUAUCAUUGCGAUAGCUGAAUUAUAUUUAUUAGAACAGCUAUAUAAUUGCAAUAACUAUAAAUGCGUCUCUUUGAAUCGUGUUGCUAUGUUGGCUUCCCUGGAGUAACGACAGCGUUGAGCAAUGCUUCUGAUUUACGCUAUUGUAGUUACGCCGAAAAGUGGCAUAUUCCAGUUGCAACGAAUACCAAUAUCACAGAGCACGUAUUGAAAAAAAAAACAUUAGAAGGCAUGUAAGCAAUUUCAGUUAAUUGUAUCCCAUUAGCAGUUAAUUGAGUAGCGUGGCUGGAGAACAACGCGUGGCUGGAGGAACAAUUGAAAAAUGGAUAAGAUAAUAAAACAAAAAAAUGAUCAAAUUAUGAAGCUGCAGGCCCAGUUAUUGGAACAACACAAAAUAUUAGAUAACAACGAAGCUAAGGAUGCUCAAAUUUUUGAGUCUACAAGCUCAGCUAGGGGAAAAGAACAAAUUGGAACGGAACAGUUUCCAAACGGUGAAGGAGGUUUUUCCAAACUCAAACCUAACUGAACAUGAGGAUCAAUUGGCAUUAGGCGAACACAGUCAGUUAUUCAGUCUACCACCUGACAGUGUGUUAAAUUUAAAUUCUGUUAGUGCUGCACAAAAAGAAUCGUUAGUAAUAAGCCCAUGCAGUGAAGGAAGUGAACAAUUGUGGGACCGUAUUUGGGCUGAAAAUGGGUGCGGUACGGAAACCAAGAUAUGGCACAAGUUCAAUAUGAAACAUGGAUUAGAAUUUAAUGGGGGAUCAAAUCAAGUCUGGAAGUGUUACAGGAUGGAAGAGUCAGCCUACAGAUGAAAAAACACAGAGUGCAUUACCAUUAAGGUAUGAGGUAAAGUAAUAGAGUAUGCACAUUGUCUAAUGAGAAGUACCAUCUUGUGUUAAUAAAUCCAGUACAACAGCAAUCCUUUAUAGUUCUGUCACAGCUAGAAACCUCAGAUAAUUCUGCUUCUCUGUCUAAAGAACAACUUGUCCUUUACGUUCAGAGUGUUGGGGAAACUGGGUACUUAAAUGGCCCUAAAGAUGUUUUAAUUUUGCUGCCAUUGCAGAGAUGAACAUCAUACAUGGACUCUUUAGGUCUAAUCUACCAAAAAAAUUUUAUCCAAUAGGAAAGGAUUUUCAUGUACUGGGAACACAACUAUCAACAAUGCAACAUUGUACAGGUGCUAGUUUAUCAUUCAAGAGCCUUAUACAAUGAUGUUAAUCUGCAAUUUGUAUGUCCUUCCCCAAGCUUCCACCAGAAGUUGAAUCUAUGAGUCAUGUAAGUUACAUGAUCAACAGUUGAUAUGUUUAACGGUGUUGUUUUUCUUUUCUCAAUAUAGGUUAAUAGUAACAUUGGAUCUGAAAAAAUUCUUGGUUGGGGCAAGACACUGAAUAAAUUGUAUUGAUUGGA